AUGACUGGGGAGCCCGUCAUGAGCGCCUUCGCCGCUCGCCAGAAGCUCCUCGCGAGGUAUAAGACUAAUUCAGAAGGUGACACCAAAAGCGACCAGGCUGCAGCGCCACCCUCGGUCGGUCUAGGUCAAAGGAAACGCCGGCGCGUUGCAUCCAAGGAAAAGUCAGCUGCUACCAGCGUGUCUGAGUCUGAAGCUGAUCAGGCGGCGGUUAAGCAAACCCAAAAGAAAAGCUUACCGAGCCGCUCGAGAACCCCUCCGUUGCGAGACAUCGGACACACUGCCGCCACCACCGAGCCAUCCCGCGGGGCGGAUAUGGACUUAGAGGUCGAUGGAAAGAUCGAGACUCCCGGCGCCGAUACCACGUCACAUGGCCCAACCGCGGACCACUUGAUUGAUGCAUCCGCCCUCCGGCUUACCCUCCAGAACUGCUGCACUCAAAAGGAAAAUGGCAUUCUCGAGCUACGGAUCGAUUCACACGAGCGUCUCAAAGUGCCCAUUAUUGGCCAAUAUGGCAUUCGGAUCCUUCGCGGAGAGGCCCUCAUUGCCGGUGCUACAUUACGUCCAUCGUCCGAUGUGACCUGGGUCCAGGCUCCCCUUUGCUAUUCCGUACCUGUUCUUCGAUGUGUCGAGUCUUCAGUCGUAGAGCUGCACCCUCACCCCUCGUCGAGCGGCUUCAGAAAACUUGGUCGCUUAUCGCCUUUCUACCGGGCGAUAUGGAAUCGUACGCAGCCUAAUAGUGUGUCUGGAGGCUCUUCAUUCCGAAUUGUUUGUGGACCUGAGGAUCUCCCUAAGCGGUCGGUUCUACGGGGCCUCUACUCGCCCCCAGAGUGGAAUAAGAAACUAGCAGAGAUUUCUACAAAUGAUUCCAAGUCCAUGUCAUGCUUCAUCUGUGGUCCGAAAGGCGCCGGGAAAUCUACUUUUGCGCGCCUCCUGACAAACCGCCUUUUAACCUCACAGACCGGUUCUACAAGUGGCCGCACUCGAUCGUCUGCACGUAUGAAUGGGGUCAUCAUCUUGGAUGUUGACCCGGGCCAGUCCGAGUUCUGUCCGCCGGGAACGCUCUCGUUAGUUCUCGUUCAGAAACCCAACCUGGCGCCUCCUUUUGCCCACCCCUGGCCGGAUGACACUUCGGCGACGUUAAUUCGCUGCCAUGUCCUGGCUUCAGUAAAUCCGGGAUCAGAUACGGACCUGUUCAUGGAAAGCGCUCUAGAUCUUUACAACCAUUAUAAGCAGAGAUACAAUGGAUACCCCCUGGUCGUUAAUACCCCGGGAUGGAUCCUUGGCACGGGUCUUGAUUUACUGUCACUCCUCAUUAACAGCAUAAAGCCAGCAGAGGUUGUUUACAUGUCAGAAGAUGGCCCCACGGAAACCGUUGAGGGUCUUGAGUCGGCGUGUAGAUCCGCCUCCUUUACUACGCUGCCAUCGCAACAGUCCGACCCCAGCGCGCGAAGGUCGGCGGCUCACCUCCGGGCGAUGCAGACCAUGGCGUAUUUUCAUUCUGUAAAGAAGGACUCGCCCCACCAGCGCUUAUCUGUCGACACCUUGCCGCUAUCCGCCAAAGCGCCUUGGCGGGUCUCUUACGCCGGCAAGAACCGAGGCAUCGCGGGGAUUUUGUGCUAUGGUGCCCAACUGGAAUCUACCUUGUUAGCCCAAGCUAUCAACGGGAUGGUGCUUGCUGCCGUGGAGAUUGAGGAUGAGAGGGCCUUUAAAGGCCAAAAUUCCGUUUCCGAGCAGGAUAUUGCAAUGGACCUCGACGCGCCGGGGAGUGACAAGAUCUUGGGGCAUAUUAACACGUUGGUUCGCGCUACGCCGGAAGGCAUACCGUAUAUCCAUCAGGUGGAGGGCAGCACGCUAGACCCUCGCUAUUCUCACACACUCGGACUGGUCCUCAUCCGCGGCAUCGACACCAACAGCUCCGCGCUUCAGGUCCUGACACCCAUCCCACGCACGACAAUCGAGCAGGUCCGGCAGAACGGCAGGCACAUUGUGUUUGUCCAUGGGCAGCUUGAUGCGCCGACUUGGGCGUAUACGGAGGAUCUGUACGAUGGUACCAAUGAGGUGGAAGACGACGUGGCCGCCGAGGAGAGCGGAGAGGAUGGUGGGGUCGUCACGGGUGGAGUCGGCGGCAGACCCUGGGUGGAGGGAGUGGAUGGGACAAGGAGGCGGCAGGUCGGCGGGGGAACAUGGAGAGUCAGGCGAGAUCUAGGGCGGCAGCAGCCGAAGUAA